UUUUAGUUAAAACAAAAAAGCAAAAUUUUUUUAAGGAAAAAAUGUUCAAUAAAAUAUUCAAUUCCUCCUCCUCUUCCCUUCCAUUAUCAACAACAAAAUCAACAUCAAAAACAACCUCCUCCUCAUUAAAAUCAUCAAAAUUUUCUUCAUCAUUAAAAAGACAUUAUUCAUUUAGUUCAAAAUUACGUUCCCUAAUUUUACCUUUAAUUGUUUUACUUGCUUGCAUUUUAUUUUCUGCUAGUGAAACAGUUGCAAAUGAUGAUACUCCACAAAUUAUAGGAAAUGCCCAAUUCUUUAGACGAAAUGCAAAAUGGUCAAAUCUUCCUUCUGGUGGAGGUUCUCUAGUUAGUGGAAGAGGAAACUUUCGUCCAGGAUUUCAUUCUUCAUUGGAUACUCAAGAAAUAUUGAGCGCUGAACCUCUUUUCUUAUUAAAGAGGUCGUAUCAAUUGCCUGAAAGAAAAACUCCAUUUGCUAUGUUUGAUCGUCCUUAUUUUACUGAUUUUGCAAGAAGGCGAUAA